CACAUAAACACAUGAGAUUCAUUUGUGAGACUCUCAAAGCAGUGGAACAGGCAGAAAAAACGAACCUCUUCAUUAUUCAGGGUUAAAAUGUAUAGACCAGCAUGGGCGCCAUCAAAUUCGAGAUUCCUGAAUCCAUAUAUAGUAUGUUUCAUCACCGUGGCAGUGGUGGUGAUCCUGGCAGUGAUCGUAGGUCUACUUAUUCACUUUUUAGCUUUUAAUCAAAAAGCUUGCUUUUACCAUAGCAGUUUUCAAAUACUAAACGUUGAAUAUAAUGAUCAGUUAAGUUCACCAGCUACACAGGAAUGUAGGAGUUUGAGUGAAAAGAUUGAAUCUAUGAUUGCUAAAACAUUGCGAGAGUCAAAUUUAAGAAAUCAGUUCAUGAGAGCUCAUGUUGUCAAACUGAGGCCAAAUGGUAGUGGUGGUGUGAUAGCAGAUGUUGUCAUGAAAUUUCGAUGCACUAGAGGUAACAAUGGAGGAUCAAUGAAAGGCAGAGUUCAGGCUAUUUUACAACAAAUGCAGAAUAACUCUGGAAACUUGGAAAUAAAUCCUUCAACUGGGAUAACAUCUAUUACUGACCAUGAUACAGAAAAUUUUUUCACUCAAGAAUGUGGAGCCCGGCCAGACCUAAUAACACUGUCUGAAGAAAGAAUCAUUGGAGGUACACUAGCUGAGGAAGGUGACUGGCCAUGGCAAGUCAGUCUUCAACUCAAUAAUGUCCACCACUGUGGAGGCACCCUGAUCAGUAACACAUGGAUCCUGUCAGCAGCUCACUGCUUCAGAAGCUACUCUAAUCCUCAACAGUGGACUGCUACCUUUGGUAUUUCUACAACAUCUCCUAUACUGAAAGUAAGAGUAAGAACUAUUUUACUUCAUAAUAACUAUAAAACCGCAACUCAUGAAAAUGAUAUUGCAGCAGUGCAACUUGAAAGAGCUAUCACCUUUACCAGAAAUAUACAUAGUGUUUGUCUCCCAGAGGCUACCCAUAACAUUAUACCUGGUUCUACUGCCUAUGUAACAGGAUGGGGAUCGAUAACUUAUGGCGGCAGCACAGUCACAGAUCUACGACAAGGACAAGUCACAAUAAUAAGUAGCAAUGUAUGUAAUGCAUCAACUAAUUACAAUGGCGCUGUCUUAUCUGGAAUGCUGUGUGCUGGAAUACCUGCAGGUGGAGUGGAUGCAUGCCAGGGGGAUUCUGGUGGCCCACUGGUACAAGAAGACUCACGGCGGCUUUGGUUCCUUGUGGGGAUAGUGAGCUGGGGAUAUCAAUGUGGUCUGCCAGACAAACCAGGAGUUUACACUCAAGUGACAGCAUACCGUGACUGGAUUAAAGAACAAACUGGAGUCUAGUGCAAUAAAUGCAUCUCUGUUGCAAAGUCUAAAUGCAGGUGUGCCUGUGUAAAAUUCCAAAACUUUACUUUUCAGCUGAAAAAGAAACUACAAGUGUCCUAUUUUAAUAUCCUGUUGCAUAAAUAUGAUUUAACAAACACUAUUUAAUCUUUCUUUAUUACUUUGAAUUUUAUAUUUUUCCCAGAAAACUAUAUGGAUGUUGCAUAGUACUAUGACUGUGUACAAAAGAAACACUGAAUGAUUACAGUUAACAGUUUUAUUAUAGUGCUAGGAGUGAGAAAAACAGGUAACUAAGAUUGUAUACUAAAGGAACGUGGAAAAGUCUGAAGGGUCAGAAGGUGUCCUCUGAGGAAGUCUCAUUGAAACUGACAAGUGAGAAAUAUGUAAAAAAAAAUGCAAAGAAAGAAGUGGCAGAAUAUCAUUCAAGAUAGAAAGAACAUUGUGAGCCAAGAAAAUAGUAUUUAUCUAAAAUUUAUGGUUAUCAAUAUUUUAUAGGAUGUAUGAGCACUAAAAUUUUAAAUGUGAAGGCCUAUAGUAAUCUUAAUUAUGCUGUAAGAUCAUGCUGCCACAGGAAAUCUGUAAUGACCAAAAGAUUUAUAAAUAGUUUUGAUAAUGACUUUUAUUAAAAUAUCUUCUACCUAAAAGGGAAACUAUAUUUCCUAUAGAGAAACUGAUGAAAUGCACCUACACAAUAUUUCAGGCACCUUCACAACUCCAUAAUGCUCCUUUAACAACUUAGCAAUAGUAACUUUAAGAACUAGAGAUUCGAUUGUCAGGAAGGAUUUCCCACUACAACUUCCCACCACUGACAGUUAUAUUUGAAAGCAAAAGGAUGUUCAAUAGCCAAAUUUGAGAAAGAAAUCGAAAGUUAAAUAGAAAAAUAGGGGGAAAUUUGGUUUACAAAGAGAAAGUUUAAAUAACUUAGUAACAAUGAAACUAUCUUGGAAAAAAAAGGUCUGUCUCCCUCUCUGUCUCUGUCUUUGUCCAUGUCUGCCUCUCUCUCUCUCCUUUCUUUCUCUCUCUCUCUCUCU